AUGGAAACGGGUGGGGUACGAUGGUCUUAUUGGAAACGUGAGCAGGAGGUAGCGGAGUUUCAGGACAAGAUUGCUCAUUUGGAUGAGGAGAUUGCGAAAGAGCCGACGAAGAAACUGACUCAACGGUUUCAGUGGUUGCCGGAUACGGGUCGUGCGCCACGACUACGGUACAAAGACUCAGGUUCAGAGUUAGCACAUCGUGGUUCGGAGGUGGAGAACGCCUCGGACGAAGAUGAGACUGGCGAAUACGGGACCGACGAGAGCGGGCGGCGUGGCAACUGGUUCCGUCGGUGUGUGUUCCGCUGCUCCGAGUGCGGUUUGCGAACACGACGUGUGCUAUGGCCUGUCGUGCGUUGGGUGAGUGUUUGUACUUACGUGGGCGCCCUGUUGUGGUCGUGCGACGCGGCCUUUGACCGCGACUUCGAUCUGUUGGAUGUGGCUCUUCGCGGUAUCCCAGGCUAUCUUGCCAUGGCUUUGGUAUUCUACAUUUUGUUUGGCGGGCGUCAUAAGGCGGCCCGUCAAGUGAACCGGAUUGUAAAGCAGCUGAGCUGCGGGCUCUUCGUCAAGGCCUGUGGAGGAGCAAGGGAACCAGCGAUACAAAUUACCGCUCCCAACAACUCCGGUCCCGCAGAUUCUGGCGAUCCCGCAAGCUCCGGAGCUUGCGAUCCCGGCCGAGGUCCCGCCUCGGGUCCUGGCGGGGAACACAGAGGGGGUAGAGGCGGGAUAUUCCCUGGCGGCACAGGGUCAUUCGUCGAGCCAAGGAGCGGCGCGGGAGCAGGCCGUGGCAUGAACAUAAGUCAGUUCCUGCCGGCGCCCGAAGAGCGGCUGGGGAAGGGUGUGAGUGUAGCCGAUCUCGGCACCAUCCGCCAACAGAGGCCUGCGAUGACCAGUCCUUACAGCGGUGGCUACUUAUCGAACAGAGGCUCCAUGGCACCUGUCCAUGGGAGCCAGCCGACCAUGUUUGAUAACCGACAUAUGUACGGAGGUCGCCGGGCAUCGCGUCGACUGCGAGACGCAACUGAAGGUGUGAAGAUGCUUGGCGAAACGGACUGGCAAAAUUUAAUUGAAGGAGGUGAACCUAACUCGAAAGGUCUCGAUGAAACAACACGAAGCAUCCGGCUCUAUCGCACACAAUACCACACGUUUCGCGAGUUACUGAAGAAACGCCUUCGGGUAAUUGCCAACCAACCAGGUGCGGUUGUGGGAACGGUCGUUCGAAACAUCAUCUUCUGUAUCAUUGUUUUCUUUACUCUGGCAGGUGCUAGACGCACAGUGCGUCACACGGACUGGGAUUACACGGGUGUGUCUAGAGAGCUACGUAUCUGGGAUGCAGCGCUGCAAUGGACAUUGGUGGCAGACCACGUCAUUUGUUUCCUGGCAGCCAGUAAUCGGUUGUCGUUUAUAUUGCGCUUCAAGAGCUUGGUCGACUUGCUCACGCUGCCUCUGCUCUACAAAGUGGUUAAUUUGGCCUGGCCCAACAACUCACCUGAGCGCCUGCUAUUCAGCGUCCUUCGCCUGUUCCGACUUUUCCGACUCGAGAGUCUGCUCGCCUACUGUUUGCCGUCGGUGGAGACCGUGAGCCUCAUCCUCGGCGGCCUGGCGACGGACACGGGAGUGAUUUUGACGGCUUUCGCCGCGAUCCUCUUCUUGCUCGAGGCGCCGAGGUAUGACGUGAACUUCACGAACAUAGGUGACUACCUUUACUAUGCUGUCGUCACCAUGACCACUGUCGGCUACGGCGACUAUUCACCUAUUACGCGCGAAGGGCGUUGGGUGACCAUGGGCGCCAUCCUCACGGCCUUCAUUGUGCUGCCUUACCAGGUCCAGAGACUCUUGACAGCGCUCCACAUCCCGCCCUCCAUUGUCGGCAGACAACCAAGCAGCACCUCCGACUACAUCUUAGUCUUCGGCAAGGUGCGGCCCCGCCAACUGGGCGUGUUGCUGCAUGAGGUCGUAAGCUGCCUGCCCUCCGCCAUCAAAUCCGUGUGGGUCAUUACGCCGUUCCCGGCCGUGACCUUCAAAGGACUAGUAGCCCUGUUUUUACAGGAGUAUGGCGUACGGGUGGGCGUGACACACAAAUUCCCGACCAUGGAGGAAAUGCAGAACUUUACAGGCGCCGCCCGGGCCGUGUUCGUCCUAGGCGAUCCCACAGGUGGCGGCGAGGACAAUCAGACCGGCAGUUAUACUAAACUGCUCUCCGAAGACCAGUCGACCUUUCUGCGCGCGGCCAAAAUUCAACCUUGGUGCUGGCCACGAGUGCCAGUGUCGGUACAGCUAGUCCACGGCAUGUACGCUGGCUUGGCGGCUGAAAUGGGCGCGUACCAUACCGUGUCCUUGGAAAUACUGAAACUAAGAUGUAUAGCUAGAUCGUUAGCGGGCUGCCCAGGUUUCAUGCCCCUUGUAUUCAAUUGGUUCCAAACGCCAUCAGAAAAGGGCAGAGUGAUGACGCUAUUCAACCAACUGCUGCGACGCAAGAGGCAUCUCGAAAGCCUCGUACGCCGAACCUACGAUCCUCGAAACCAUAAAGUCGAGGACGAACCCGAAUUGGCCGGACACGGAAUUGUCACAACCAAGUCUACUACUCCCAUCCCCCCCACCCCCGCCUCUGUCAACGUAACAGUCGCAGCGAACACGCCUGAAGUCCCGGCGAUCGCGAUUCCGCGACCGAAGAAAUUCACCUUGCGUGGGUCCGCCAAGAUCCCGCUCCAUGCCAUGGAGGAGUUGCUAAAUCAAACUCGGAGCUACCCCCUCCCUCUCUCCAACCUCCAGGAUGAGCUCAACUUCUUCCACUUCUUCGUCGGACUUACGUACCACGUCUACCGCUUCAACAUACCCGGCUGCAUGCGCGGUCUCGACUACUCUUUGCUCACCCGCGUGCUUUACCGCAGAUAUCGUGUGCUCCUCAUCGGUCUGGUGACAUUCGGGAAGAAGAUUUUCCUCAAUCCCGUCGGGCAUGUUAUUGGCUCGGGACAGACUGCGCUCUCGGGCAUCAUGCUAGCGCCGUCACUGGAUAUUGUGGAGGAGAUUGAGACACUCAGUUCGUUCCCUGUCAAUGUCAACUCGAUUACGCAAGAACGACAAUUUUUGUCCCAAAGCCUCCGCACGCCACCCGACCUCAUUGCCUCCGCUCGCUCCUUUUAUGAAGACGUGCGUCUCUCUCGAGAUGAACCCCCUCCCGAGAACUCAGCCUCGGGCUGGUCGCACAAGACCACCGGACUGGAGAACCCUCAACGAUCCUUCCGCGCCAUCUCGGGCAUGAGUCGUGGCAUCUCCGACGGAAUUACCAUCAGCCCUCACCGCCGCCGCUCAGCUGGCCUCCGUAUGCCUGACUACC